UUCGUCUCAACAAAUUUCUGUGGGAGAUAUUUAUUCUCUCUCUAAAACCGGCUCUCUCUUUUUAAAGCUCUCCUGAAAUAGUGUUUCGAUUCACCCAGAAUCUAAGGAGAAACUAAAAUUUAGGGUUUCGUUUUUUUCAAAUUCAUUUGGAUUUGAGAUAAAUUUCAUCGAUUUCGGGAUGGCUAAUGCUAGAAAACAAGAAUCCGCUGAAGAUCGCGUGGAUCAAUCACACGGUGAAGAUUUCACCGAUUCAUCGGAGACAUCGUCAAUUGAUGCGUUUUCUUCCACCGCCGUCGGUUCGUCUGGCGUUGGAUCUGGGAGCAUUUCGAGAGAGAACGGUACUGUCAGGACCGGAGCUGGACUUACGGACCGAUUGUCUGAUAUUCUUGUGGAGGAUGGUGAUGGAGACUUAUUGCUUCAGCAAAGCGACCGCGAAGAUAGGGUUCUGCAGUGGCUACAAGCGCUGGAUAUGCAAGUAAUGGGAGCUUGUCGAGCUGAUGAGAGGCUAAAGCCUUUGUUGAAGGUCAACGUUUCUAAUGGCUUGGUUGAGGAUUGUUUGUUGGCUCAUUUGAAUCAGCACUUUGAGCCGUCCGAAGUUGGGAUGUUAGCCAGGUGCUUCUGCAUUCCUCUCGUUUCAAUUCGUGUUGGGAAGGUCGACAAGCGAGGCGCUCUUCUUUGCCCAACUGCUACAAGGUAAAGUGGGCGUGUUCUAUUAUGAUCUCUGAAUUAAGAGGAAGUAAAGGUAGUUUCAUCUCCUAUAUUAUAUGGUUUGCUGCUACUUUUUUUGGUACACUAGGGUUGACAUUUUACAAUCAAUCAUAGGCAGGAAUGAGUAUUAAAUUAAAUUAAAUACAUGCUGUUUCUUGUGAUUGUGAUGCUUAGUUAAUCUUAAUCAGUCUGAUUUUUUUGCUAUUAAAAGAUCUGUUCCAAUUUUAAAUGCUUUUUUUCUUAGAUUUGGCUUUUUGUUUGUUUUUGUUUGUAUACUUCUAUCUUCAUCUUAUGUGUUAUCAUUCUUUGUCUCGGUUAGCCGUUUUGCUCUGAUCUAAAUUUUAUUAAAAAUUACAAAUUGUAAUAGCUGUGUAUCUUUAGUUAACUUGUUUGCUAUCUUAUCGGUCUCGCAGUAGGUUUUCUGAAGUGAUUUGUCACUGAUGGAUAAAAACAAAUUCAUAAAUAUAAACAAGGAGAUAGAAUGGAGGCCUUUGUCUUCAGAUGUUUUAUUGGCCAUUUUAAUAAAUCAAAGAAUGAAAAGACUGAAAGGUGAAUAGAGAAGGCUACAUUCGCGUGUAGUUCCAUAGCAGAUGACUGCAUUGCUGUGUUCUUUAUGAGAUAGAUAGCUAAGCUUUUAUGAUUUUGUGAUUUGGGUUCUGUAGAAUCUAGGAGCUUAUUUGGUAGGAAGACAUAUAUUGAGUAAUUAAGAUAAGAUUUCAUCUUCUUUAGCCAAUCUGAAAUAGUGGUUGAUGCAGAAGAGAAACAGAAGUGAUCUGAAUUAUGUUAGUCCCCUGCCCUUAUUCCCAAAAGAACAACAGAGAGAAAUAAGGAGUUUAUGUGCAAGGUCUUAUGUGACUACUGCUAUGUUUUAGAUUUCAUUUAUUGCUGAGUGUUGAUUUUUUGUU